AACGAAGGCGUUGAUUGACAAACGCAAUAUGCUUUCAGUCGGAGAACUCCCUCCAAAUAGUUCAGCCGUCGAGUUUUAACGAUCAAUUUGGAGCAAGGCGUGGCUGAAUUUUACUCCGACGAGAUCUAUAGGCAGUAUCGUUGCUAUAAUUUUUCUGCUGAAGGGAGGCCCGUUCAUGGACUUUUUUGCAAAAGAUAUCUGAAGGCUGAAAAAUUAUACGGGAGAACUUUGUUUGGGUUCGAAGCUAAAGAAAUACUCUCCAAGGGGGAGCAAAAUGGGUACCCUGAUGAUGCAUCAAGAUUCCCGGGACUCUUAAAGGAUUCAUGAAGUAACCGUCAGACAUAUAUCAGUUCAGAAAUAGCUUAUUUGGUAAAGUGCCAAUCUGCUUCACAAAACUUUACAAUGGCCGAACAACUUCCAAAGGCUAUUAAGAAACUCUCAAAGGCUCAUGAACUCAAGAAAGCGCCUUCAUGCCCCAAAGAUCAGCCUUCUCAGUCCAGGAAACAACAAAGGAAGGCGGAAAAUCCCGUUCGAAUAGCUCCCAGUUCAGAGCCAUGUGUUGAUUUAGAAGACUCUAGUCCAUUGAUCUGUAAAAACUCUGCAUGCCGGGCCGUUCUUUCAGCAGACGACGCAUUUUGCAAGAGGUGCUCUUGUUGCAUAUGUCAUUUAUUUGAUGAAAACAAGGACCCGAGUCUUUGGUUGGAAUGCACGUCUGAAUCUGGUUUAGGAGACGCCUGUGGCUUAUCUUGCCACAUCGAGUGUGCCCUACAACGUAGUAAGGUUGGGGUCGUUGAUCUUGGGAUGUUGAUGCAGUUGGAUGGAAGCUACUGUUGUGCUUCUUGUGGCAAAGUUUCAGGGAUACUUGGGUCCUGGAAGAAGCAGUUAACUAUAGCUAAGGAUGCUCGCCGAGUUGAUGUGCUGUGCUAUAGGAUAUCAUUGAGUUACAGGCUCCUGAACGGGACUUCCAGGUUUAGUGAACUCCAUCAAUUUGUUAGAGAAGCCAAAGCCAAGUUGGAAACAGAGGUGGGCCCGGUUGAUGGAGAUUCGGCCAAGAUGGCUCGAGGCAUUGUCAGCCGACUCUCUGUAGCAGUUGAUGUAGAGAGGCUUUGCUCUCUUGCAGUUGAAAAGGCCGAUGAAUUGAUUGCCUCAAAGUCAACCCCUGCGAUUGAGAUAAACGAGGGUUCACUUCCUGCAGCUUGCAAAUUCCUGUUCGAGGAAAUUACAUCGUCUUCAAUUGUUGUUCUAUUGAUUGAUUUAUCAACUUCAUUGGAUAAUGAUAUUAAGGGCUACAAACUUUGGUACCGUAAGACAAAGGAAGAUGUUUACUGUAAAGAUCCCGUUUCUGUAUUUUCGAGAGAUCAGAGGAGAGUUUGCAUAUCUCAUCUCCAGCCUUGCACAGAGUACUCAAUUCGGAUAAUAUCUUAUACAGAUAGUGGCGACUUUGGACACUCUGAAGUUAAGUGCUUCACAAAAAGUGUAGAAAUAUUUCACAAGAACUGUAGUAAUUCCAUAGCAAGAAAUCACUCGAAGGAAAAUUCAAUUAACGGAGGGAGCUCAACAGACGUAGAAUUAGACUCGGGUUUCAAAGUUCGAGACCUUGGGAAGAUUUUAAGGCUACCUUUGACUCAAGAACAUUGCUGUUUCGAGCCAUGUUCUGGUGAAGUUAAGGUAGAAAAAACUCGUGAACAAAAAAAGAUGCCGUCUGUUUCUCGCCAGCUGGACUUAAAUGUUGCUUCUGUGCCAGAUCUCAACGAGGAGUUUGCUCCUGUUGAGUCGUCUAGAGACGAAGAAGACAAUAAUAAUGGGUGCACUUUCGGGCAAGCUGUUGAAACAGACGAUGCUUUUUCUCACGAAGUACGAGGUUUUGAUUCCGAAAAGGUUGUCUCUUGCAAGAAAAGAAAGGGGGAAAUGCAGGAUUCCGAUAGUACCCUUACGAACGGAUCUCCCUUCCAAGUCCAAACCGAAUCGUGUUCGUUGGAUGAGAAUUUCGAAGAUUGUGUGAAGAUUAUCCGUUGGAUGGAACGUGAGGGCUAUAUCGAAAAGGAUUUUCGAUUGAAAUUGCUGACAUGGUUUAGUUUGAGAUCGACUGUGCAGGAGCGGAGAGUGGUCAACACUUUUAUUCAGACAUUAAUUGACGACCCGAGUAGUUUGGCUGGACAGUUGGUCGACUCGUUUUCAGACAUUGUAUCGAGGAAGAAAUCGAGAAAUGGUUUCUGUAAUGAGUUUUGGCAUUAAUUUUUACUGCUAGUAUAUUGUUUACUGCUGAUAAAGUUGGUUCUGUGUACAGGGAUUUAAUUCCCAAGUCAGAUUGGAGAGAUUAUUUGUUACACGACAAAAUCGAGAGCUAAUAGCAGAUCUGGGUUUCGAUGAAUAUGAAGAUAGAAUUUCUGACUAAACUCCCUUGGCUAGGUCAGUCCAUUGUUUUUAAGGAGAGAUCUCACACAUUGUGGGAUGUAUUCUUCUUUAUUUAAUUAUGGAUCUAUUUAAUUUCAUUUCGAGUAGUGAAAAAAUUGUUUUAAGUGCUGCAACGGUAGCGUAGAUGAACGACUUUCGGCUUUAGACGGUUCGUAUUUUCGUAUAGAAGUUAACUAUUUAUUAUUUCAGGAUAAUGUGUCCUUUAACUAUUGCAUUUUCUUAUGUAUGAAAUUGUUGUUAUUAC